AUGCUUGACGUCUCAUUAAUUUCUUUUCCUGACCAGAUUGUUGUGCCCUUUCUCGGUAAGGGUAUUUACAACGUAUACUUCCAUCCACUACGACAUAUUCCAGGUCCAAAAUGGACCGUCUUCAGCGAGAUCCCUUACACCAAGACCAUCUUGCAGGGCAACGCUGUGUGGGAGAUCAACAGACUGCACAAGAAAUAUGGCCCAGUGGUAAGGGUAGCGCCGAACCAGGUUGCUUUCCUUACCACAGACAGCUGGAAAGCAAUCUACGGGUUCAGGCAGGGACUUAAGGACGGAUAUGAGAAAGACAUGCACUUUUUUCCCCCGCCCCUGAGUGGUGAAAGGGGGUUGGUGAUGGCUUUGGCAAAGGACCAUGGGCGCCAGCGGCGCGUGUUCUCUCACGCUUUUGCUGAAAAUUCUCUCCGCCAGCAAGAGCCCAUCCUCCGGAAAUACUCAGAUCUGCUGAUGCAGCGACUUCAUCAGCAGGUCGAUUCCCCAACUAAAGGGGUAGUUGACAUCGUCUCAUGGUUCAAUUUCGCCACGUUUGACGCUAUCGCUGACCUGACGUAUGGCGAGCCUUACGGCUGUUUGGAGAAGUCAACCUAUGAUCCGAUCGUUGCUCUGACUUUUGCCGCCUUCUAUGCCAUGGCUUUUAACGAUGCUCAGCUCCGCAUCCCGUGGCUCAAGCAUUUCAUGGGUUACUUUGUGCCAAGGGAGGUGAUCUCGCAAAGGGAAAGCUUGAUGAACUUCAACAUUCGAAAAGUGGAACGACGACUGGCCAUGGAAACCCAAAGAGACGAUUUUAUGACUUCCGCGGCCGACGCACUGCAAAAAAAUGUUCUGUCUCUAGCCGAGAUUCAAAGCUGCGCACAGAUAUUUAUCGUCGCAGGCAGCGAGACAACCGCGACCACGUUGUCUGCAACAGUUUACUUGACCUUGUCCCACCCCGAAGUUUACAAACGCGUGACGGAAGAAGUUCGAUCUAGUUUCCCCCACGUCGAGGAGAUCAAUAUCACCACAAUAAAUUCCCGGUUGCAGUAUAUGCUCGCCGUGUUGAAUGAAACACUUCGCAUCUACCCACCUGUGCCAACUGGGUUCGGAAGAAUCGUGCCAAAGGGUGGAGACGUCAUCUCAGGGUUCUUCAUCCCUGAAGGAACUUCCGUGUACGUUUCUCAAUACGCCUCGAACCAUUGCCAAGAAUACUUUUACAAGCCAGACGAAUUUCUCCCCGAACGUUGGCUUGGAGGAGAACAAUUUAAAAAUGACAAUCAUAACGUCUUCCAACCCUUCUCAACCGGUCCACGAAACUGUAUAGGGAAAAACCUUGCGAUUUUAGAGAUGCGGAUGAUAUUAGCAACGCUGCUCUGGAACUUCGACUUGGAGCUACUGAGAGACGACGGCGGCGCUUGGCUUUCUGAACAGAAGGUUUUCUCGCUGUGGAGCAAAGGCCCGCUUCAAAUAAGACUGAAACCCGUGAAAAGAGACUAA